AUGGUCACCUCGACGCCUUGGCUGCAAUUUACCGGCCAUCAGCCAAAGCGAAAGCGGGCCGAGCUGGCCUGCAUAAUUUGUCACAGCAAAAAGAUCCGAUGCGACCUUCAAGUGCGCUCUAGGCAGGGCCUCAGAACCUGCACUAACUGUGAGACUGCCAGCAAAGAAUGUCGCACGCGGCCCUCGAAGCGGAGGACUCGGCGAACGCGUGAUCCAUUGUCGCCUCUGAAUAGUGGCAGCAUAGAGCAGGCACAGCCGGUUGUAGAGGACAGCGCGAAGGAUACCACCGAUGAGAAUGUAACCUUGCCAGAGCCGCAGUGGGCCUGGAGCUUUGACAAUCCCAGUCCUCUCCCAGAAGACUCAACCCAACUGACGCAUGCGCACCUCAACCCCCCUGUUGACCAUCCUGGCGGCAACCUGAGCUGUUCCCCUGCAACCUGCCGGACUAAUGACACGGACACACGCCGUGAUUUCUCAUCACGAUACUACGAGCUCGAGAUCCAGGCCGACGCACGCAACCAAGAGCAGCGCCUACUUGCUCAGCGACAGCCAGAUGUCCCACACCUUCCCAGCCCAGACCUGCAGCAGAGCUUCAUCGAAACAUACCUUGAAUACUGCUCGCCGUGGUGUCCAGUUCUCGACCGCGAUCAACUAGAGAUUGACGAGCUCUCUCAAUCACCGCUACUCGUCAAUGCGCUCGCCAUUGUCGGGAGCCACAUUCAGCCGCCUGUACUUCCCCAUGAUGGCCCAGCAGCCUACUACGAGCGCGCGAGAAAUCUCUUCUACAAUGACGCCGAGCCAGACGUCGUGCGCUCGCUGCAGGCUGUCUCGCUGUUCUACUGGUGGAGCCCGCGCCCACCGACUAUUCUCCACCGUCAUUCGUCCUGGUGGUGGACCAGCUGCGUGGUCCGACAUUGCCAGCAGCUCGGAGUACACCACCAACCUUCCCUCGGCCCCGGUCCCGCCUCCUCUCAGCACAACCAGCCGGCAAACCACCGCUCUCAUCUCAUUCGCCGGCGGAUCUGGUGGACAGCCUUCGCGCGGGAAAGACUCACUUCGAUCUGCCAAGGAAGACCAUCGAUCAUCGACGAGGCGGAUUGUGAUAUAACGGAACCCACGCUCGACGAUUUCCCAGAUGCCCUUAUAGAUCAUAGGGCACGCGUACGAGCGGAGAUUUUCAUUCAUUGGGUCCGUCUCUGCGCCGUCAUCGGCCGGAUAGCAAAAUACCUCACCCGUCCUGCGUCUGCUAUAAACACGCGCUUCCCCACACACCUCGCCCAGGAACUCAUAGCCUGGGUCCAGUCCCUCCCGCCACAUCUCCAACUUCCUAUCAACGCAGACCGCACCACAACUUUCAACCGCGACGUUCACCAGAUGCACCUUCCCUAUCUCGCCGUCAUCAUCAUGCUUCACCUGAAACUACCCUACCAGCCACACAACUCAGCAGCCUACCCGCCCGCCAUCCUCGCUGCAUCGUGUGUGGCGCGUAUCUUACGGGACACACUCGCUCGAGGCGGAACACGCUUCCUCAUGGCCAUCACAGGCUCGUAUUGUGGGAUGGCGUUCAUCGCGCUCCUUCAGGCCUGUCGCGUAGAUGGUCUCGCGGCCGCCGCGAACGAGGAUCUAGACAUCCUUACAUUGGCUGUCGACCAACUGAGAUCCAUGUGGCCCACCGCCCAAAUAUUCCAUGACGGAUUCCAACGUCUCAGGCCAAGUGCCGCGGGGGCGGAAGCGCUGCUUUCCUUGUCGAAUUCAGGUCCAAGCGCGCCUGUUGGUCUCGCUUCAACUGUUCCUAAUGUGGAGCUUGCUAUUACUGAGGUCCCGGUUGGACCUGGGACCGGAAACGGUUUGGCGAACAAUCUGCUCGAAGGACUUAACUGGAUGGAUUACUUUCCCUUUGCGACUGCGCAGACGAGUGGUGUUGCAGAGAGACUACUAGUGCCCCGGACAGGCGAAAUGACCUUCGAAGAGUUUCCCGAGUCAAUGGUACAGUUCCAGGAUCUGUUUGCGGAUUGUAAUUUUCCAGAUAUAAAUUUGUUCACGUAG